AUGUCCGAGACCACCGACUUCAAGUCCACCUUCACAUCCACCGAGCGCCGCCGCGCCUCCGCGGCAAUGCUCCUCUCCCGCCCCUCCCACAUCCCCGUCAUCUGCGAGAAGGCGCCCAAGUCCAAGAUGGAGGGCCCGAGCCUCAUCAAGGUGCUCAUCCCGCCGGAGCGGCAGGUGGCGUACCUGCUGCACCUGAUCCGGCGCCGCACAAAGAUUGCGCCGACGCAGGCGCUGUUCCUGCUUGUGGAUGGGGUGCUGCCGCCGACGAGUAUGGAGCUGGGCGUCCUGUUUGAGGAGAGGAGGGAUGCGGAUGGGUUUAUGUAUACGGGUGAGGAGACGUUCGGGGAGGGAACGGUGGAGGAGGAGGAGGAGGAGGAGGAGACGGAGGGUUAA